AUGAUCUUAAAUAAGAGCUCCUCCCCAAGAACAGGGACGAACCAUGUGUCAAUCUUCUCAUCUCAGCCACCUAUCUUCAUUCUGCCAACGCAUCUCUCCCUGGGAGAGUUGGACGAGACAGAAGGCCGACUGGUCGACCAUGGUGGGAAGGUGACCUAUGACAUUGCCGAAGCUGGCCUGAUCCUGGGCAAGAUUGAGCGACCCAAACGUGCGGCACUGGAACUGCGCUCUCGCGGUAUCUGGACAGAAGAGACUAUUCCUGACCCAACUCCGAAAAGUACUGCUAGUGAUAUGGAGCCUCCUGUUAAGCGCAGGCGCACAGGGGCACACGAUGGGACCAAGGACAUCCCAAUCGAGAUCAUCGAUCUCGAUUCCGAGACUCAGAUCGAGAAGAACAAGGUUGCAAGUCAACUUAGCUCUCCGCGACACCUGGCCCAAGUGCAAAAGGCAGAACAGGAUAAGAAUUCGGUCACUGUCCUGAAGCUCGAGUGGCUACUGGCUUCUAUUGCAUCCGGAGAAAUGGUCUGUCAGGACUCAUACGUUGUCUACCGUGGACGAAAGAUCCCACCCCGACCAAGACAACACCGGCCACACGAAAGGAAUUGGAGUCCCAAUCAAGUCAAAUCCUCCAGCGUGCAAAGCAAGAUGCCGGCUCACCGGCACCAUCCCUUCCUUCAUCAGAUCACUUCCGCUCACGACGCUCAAAAGAACCUGACCGUCCUCGACCCACCCUCUAUCGACAUACGACCUCCGAGCAAGAGGAGCAGAACCCACCACCCCAACCAGACUGGGUCCGCGACCAAGUCAAGUACGCAUGCAUGCGCUCUGCACCCCUGCACCCCGCGAACGAAGACUUCAUCGGCCAACUGGUCAAAAUCAGACGUAUCCGAGAACUCACGCUCGAUCAAAUCGGCGUACGGGCCUACAGCUGAUAUAGCGGCUUACCCACAUCGCCUCCGACUUCCAGGCGAGAUCCUCACUCUUCCGGGUUGCGAUGUUAAAAUCGCCGACCUAUUCGCACAGUUCCAGCAGCACGGCGGCUGCAGCCACACCGACGACGAUGGCAACGUUGCCGCUGCCGAUGCGUUGGAGACGGAUCCCAUGCUGCGCGUUCUGAACUCCUUCUACCAGAUCUGGGGUAUUGGCGCGAAGACCGCGCGCGACUUUUACCAGCGUGGUUGGCGUGACCUCGAUGAUAUCGUGGAGCACGGGUGGAAUACGCUGUCGCGCGUGCAGCAGAUUGGUCUGAAGUACUACGAAGAGUUUCAGGAGGGUAUCCCUCGAGCUGAAAGUGAGAAGAUUGCAAAUGUCAUUCGCGAUCAUCCUGCUCGAGUCCGGAAUCAGGGAGGAAUGGAGUGCAUUAUUGUUGGCGGAUACCGACGCGGAAAAGGACUGAGCGGUGAUGUUGAUAUCGUAGUGACUCAUCGUGAUGAUGUCGUUACUUACAAUCUCGUUGUGGAUCUUGUGGCGAGUCUUGAGGAGGAACAUUAUAUCACUCAUACGCUUCAUACGUUGCCUCUGCAUCAUGAUGAGACGAGGGGCUUUGAUACUUUGGAUAAGGCAUUGGUCGUCUGGCAGGACCCGGACUUCGAUGCUAAAGCUAUGGAUGGAGACGAUAAGAAGAAGAAUCCUAAUAUUCAUCGUCGUGUCGAUAUCAUUAUAUCGCCCUGGCGCACGGUCGGUUGUGCUGUACUCGGCUGGUCCGGUGAUACGACCUUCCAGCGAGAUUUACGGCGGUAUGCGAAGAAAUCACGCUCGUGGAAGUUUGAUUCCAGUGGUGUGCGAGAUCGUGUCACUGGGAACCAGGUUGAUCUGGAACAUGGUGGAGAGACUUGGGAGGAGAGGGAGAAAAUCGUCCUGGAUGGACUGGGGGCAGGCUGGAGGCCAGCGGAAGAACGGUGUUCGGGAUAG